AAUCCCGUGUCUUCUGAAGAGCCCGGCGGGAAGAUGUCAUCAUUGCCAAGAAGAGCAAAACUACAGGUUCAGACUGCAGUAUUGAAAGAUGGAUUUCCUUUCUUCUCUGAGUUAUCAUCUACCUCUGAAGAUGACAAGGAAGAUAGUGCCUGGGAGCCCCAAAAGAAAGUUCCUAGAAUCCGUAAGCAGCCUGGUCCCAAGGAAUCCAAACCAAAGAGGGUAUCUCGGGUGAAGAAUACGCCACAGAUGAGCGAUGGCUCAGAAGGCAUUGCUGUCAAAGAGGAGCUGAACAGCUCUGUGGCUAUUGCUGAUGUUGACUUGGAAGACAGAAAAAAAUCCGAUACUGUACAGACACUGAAAACAGCAAAGACAAAACGGAAAAAUUCAGCUCAGUCACUUUCAGCUCAAAGGACUAAAAAGCUGAAAACUGAGGAAGAAACCAGCAAAAUUGGCAGCUUAGAGGGUGGCAAUACCAGUACAGAGACACCAUCCACAAGCACCAUGUGGCAAGGUCCAUGCAAGAAGGAAAAGAAUGAGGAUGACUUUACAUUUGCUCCGUCCUCUUGUAAGAUAAUGAAGAUUGAAAGGCAUCCUCGGGGGCAGCCUGUCAGGGCUCCAGCAGAUGCCUAUAAUAUUAGAGAAGAGGUGCAAAUGCACUGGGAUAUAGUCCAGGUUUUAUCUGAGAGAACUAAUAUUCAAAUUUGGGUUUGUGCCAAUAUCAUUCGUCUCUUUAAUGAUGAUAACACAAUUCCCUUCAUUAUACGUUAUCGAAAAGAGCUCAUUAAUAAUAUUGAUGCUGAUACUUUGAGAGAAGUUCGACAAACACUGGAAGAGCUACGGGCUGUUGCAAAGAAGGUUCAUAGUACAAUCCAGAAGAUAAAGAAAGAGGGGAAGAUGUCUGAGUGCUUAUUAAAAGCUUUGCUGAGCUGUAAAACUUUUGAAGAAUUAGAACAUGUGUCUGCUCCGUAUAAAACUGGGAGCAAAGGCACCAAAGCACAGAGAGCAAAACAGUUGGGAUUAGAAGGAGCAGCCAGGACACUACUUGAGAAUCCAGGGCAGCUCAAUCUGCCAUCUCACAUUAAACCCGGUGUUAAAGGGCUUUCAUCACUCCAGGAUAUUGAAAUAGGAGUGCAGCAUAUUUUAGCAGACAUGAUUGCUAAAGACAAAGAGACACUUGAUUUUAUUCGAACAUUAUGCCAAAGUAGAGGCAUUUGUAUCCAGUCAUCUCUGGCAAAAGUGUCCUCCAAAAAGGUAAAUGAGAAAGAUGUUGAUAAGUUUCUUCUCUACCAGAAUUUUUCAUGCAACAUAAGAAACAUCCAGCAUCAUCAGGUAAUUAAGGAAACUGCUUGUCUUUCAGAAAGUGAAGAUGUGAAACUGAGAGCUAAACUAGAUGAAUUAAAACUGAAGAAGGAACCUGAGGAGAUAAUUGAAGUACUCAGAAGAGGCAUGAGGUGGAGACCACGUGGCUUUGCAAGGCCAGAGUUAAUGCAGAUCUUAAAUAAUUCACUGGAUGAUUCCUUUAAACGCCUUAUUUAUCCUCUUCUCUGUAGAGAGUAUAGAGCCAAACUAACAUCAGAUGCAGAGAAAGAAUCAGUGAUGAUGUUUGGACGCAACCUUCGUCAGCUUCUCUUAACAAGCCCUGUACCAGGACGCACCUUAAUGGGAGUGGAUCCUGGUUAUAAACAUGGUUGCAAAUUAGCUAUAAUUUCUCCUACCAGUCAAAUACUUCAUACUGAUGUGGUUUACUUGCAUUGUGGACAAGGUUUCCGAGAGGCAGAGAAAAUAAAGAAGCUUUUGCUGGAUUACAACUGCAGUACAGUGGUGAUUGGAAAUGGAACUGCUUGCCGGGAAACAGAAGCUUAUUUUGCUGACCUGAUAAUGAAAAAUUACUUUGCGCCACUGGAUGUUGUUUACUGUAUUGUCAGUGAAGCAGGAGCAUCAAUCUACAGUGUCAGCCCUGAAGCUAUCAAAGAGAUGCCAGAGCUGGACCCUAAUUUGAGAAGUGCAGUUUCCAUAGCAAGGCGUGUACAAGAUCCAUUAGCUGAGCUAGUGAAAAUUGAGCCCAAGCACAUUGGAGUUGGAAUGUAUCAGCAUGAUGUAUCUCAGACUUUACUUAAGGCAACACUGGAUAGUGUUGUAGAAGAAUGUGUCAGCUUUGUGGGAGUGGAUAUUAACAUCUGUUCAGAAGUUUUGUUAAGGCAUAUCGCAGGACUUAAUGCCAACAGGGCCAAAAAUAUCAUUGAAUGGCGAGAGAAAAAUGGGCCCUUCAUCAACCGAGAACAGCUGAAGAAAGUGAAAGGAAUGGGUCCAAAAUCCUUCCAACAGUGUGCUGGCUUCAUCAGAAUUAAUCAAGAUUAUAUCCGAACAUUUUGCAGUAAGCAGACAGAGUCUUCAGACCAAACUCAAGGAGUUGCUGUGACAUCUUCAGCAGGUGUUGAGGUCACAAAUGAGAAGCAGAGCAAAAAGAAGCGCAAAACUACAGCAGAUGUUUUACUGAAGCCAAAUCCUUUGGACCAAACUUGUAUUCAUCCAGAAUCAUAUAACAUAGCGAUGAGGUUUUUACCAUUCUUUGGAGGGACACUGUGUGAGACUGGAAAACCUGAAAUGCAACAAAAAAUAAGUUCAUUCCUUAAAAAGGAAGGAAUAGAGAAAACUGCAGAAAAAUUAAAAACAACAGUACACACCUUACAGGUGGUCAUAGAUGGUCUCAGCCAGCCUGAAAGCUUCGACUUUCGAACAGAUUUUGAUAAGCCUGAUUUCAAGAGAAGCAUAGUGUGCUUGGAAGAUCUGCAAGUUGGGACAGUUCUUACAGGCAAAGUCGAGAAUGCCACUCUGUUUGGAAUUUUUGUGGAUAUAGGAGUGGGGAAAUCAGGGCUGAUUCCCAUACGAAGUGUAACAGAAGCAAAACUUUCUAAAACGAAGAAGAGAAGGAGCCUAGGACUGGGCCCUGGAGAAAGAGUGGAGGUCCGAGUGCUCAAUGUUGACAUCCCCCGAUCUAGGAUUACUCUGGACCUCAUCCGGGUGUUGUGAGUGUCCUGCUGAAAACUAAACACUGUUUCUGUUCCCUCCUUUUAUUAAAGUCUGACAAAGAUAAAUCAGAUUUUUACGAGUUUUAGAUAGUUGAUGAGAAAAUAUUCACUUAAUAUCAGAAAUAUCUUCCAAACACAUUCUUUAUUUUUUCCUUCUGAAUAAAUAGAAAACUGAUAGUUUGAUUUAUUUUCUCCUUGAAGAAAACAACUAAUAGACAUCCCUAUAUGGCUUUA